AUGAUGCAAGAAUCUGGGACUGAGACAAAAAGUAACGGUUCAGCCAUUCAGAAUGGAGCGAGCGGUGGCAACCAUUUACUAGAGUGCAGCCUGCGGGAAGUGAGAUCAAACGGCGAGACACCUUCAGUUGAAAUUGGGGCUGCAGAUUUAGCACAUCUCCAGCAACAGCAGGGCCUCUCCGUAGCCAUCCGGAGGGCUCAGGCCGCCUUAGAUAACGCCAUAAUCUUGCCUGUAAUGGGUCGUGUCAUUCAACAGCCGCCCAUUCGGUCAAUUAAGGAGUGGCACCAGUUCAUUCCUGCGCGGGUCCUCCAGCCCUUCCCCAAACG